CCGGCUCGGCGGCGGCAGCAGCAGCAGCAGCAGCCCGGCCGCCGCCUCCUCUCCCCGCAGCCUGGCUCCUGCCUCUGCGCUUCUCCGCGCGUAAGGGCCCCCGUCUCGCCAGGUGCCCGGAGGGAGGCGCAGCCAGGGAGCGCACCAGCCGCCCCGGGGCCGGGGAGCUGCGGCCACUUGUUGAGCCAGCCGGGGUCCCUCGGCCCUGCGCCUCCAGCUGCGGCGCUCCGGGCUCGGCGCCCGGGCACUGAGGUUGCCCCCGGGAAGCUCCCGCUGCGCGCGGCUGGAAGGGCCCCAGCCAUGGCCAAGGACCAGCUGAAGCCCCGGCUCUGCCACAUGAUCAAGGGGGAAAGCGGCUACGGCUUCCACCUGCACGGCGAGAAGGGCAAGAGCGGCCAGUUCAUCCGCAAAGUGGAGCCCGGCUCCCCGGCCGAGGCGGCGGCGCUGCGCGCUGGGGACCGGGUGGUGGAGGUGAACGGGGUGAACGUGGAGAAGGAGACGCACCACCAGGUGGUGCAACGCAUCAAAGCAGUGGAGUCUGAGACCCGCCUGCUGGUGGUGGAUAAGGAGACAGACGAGUACCUGUGCAGCCUGCGGCUGACGUGCACUGAGGAGAUGGUGCACGCUGGGAUCCCGGUGAACUCCAACACGUCGCCAGCCAAAUCGCCUGGCAGCGACAACGGAGACGUUUGGAAACCGCAGCUGGAUCUGAGCGGCGGGAGCCUCCGGAGUCACUCGUCGCACAGCUUCACCUCAGAGAGCGUGAAGAAGGAUGUCAAUGGACCAACACAGGAGCUGCGUCCGCGUCUCUGUCACCUUAAGAAAGGCCCCAGUGGCUACGGGUUCAACCUCCACAGUGAAAAGUCCAGACCAGGGCAGUUCAUCCGUUCGGUGGAUCCCGAUUCACCGGCCUCUAAGGCGGGCCUCCGACCCCAGGACAAGCUUGUCGAGGUGAACGGGAUAAAUGUGGAAGGCAUGAAACACUCCGAGGUUGUGUCAAACAUCAAGGCCAAGGAGAACGAAGCCAAGCUCCUAGUGGUGGAUCCCGAAACGGAUGAAUACUUCAAGAAACUGGGGAUAAUCCCCACGGAGGAGCACAUCAAAGGUGGAGUGCCUCACCCUAUUACUAACGGGUCUGCACAAACCCAGCUGAACGGAGGAUCCAUAUCUUCAUCCCAUAGUGAUCUCCAAAGUCCUGAGAAGGAAUCAGAGGAGGGAGAGUCUAAGAAGGACCCAUUUGAGGAAAGUGGCCUGAACCUGAGCCCGACUGCGGCAGAGGCCAAGGAGAAAGCACGCGCCAAGCGGGUGAACAAGAGGGCUCCGCAGAUGGACUGGAACAAGAAACGGGAGAUUUUCAGCAACUUCUGAGCUGGGACGGCAGCUCUUCCCCUUCUCCCCAACCUCCAAACUGAACAUCUCCAACGUGCACCAGCCCCAUUCCUGGCUGUUGACCCAAGACGCUUUGUGCUCUGCUCUUUAUUGGUUGCUUUUUGCAAGGCAAAUUUUUUAAAAGGGUCAUUUAUGGACAAGUGAUUCCAAUAGAAAGAUGACCAAAGCUCCUCCCAGCACAUACCCAGCUGCCUGCGGUUCCCACAUUGCUGCUGAAGAAAGACUGGAAAGAUUUCAGCUUUGCUUCUUACCUGCUUUAUUUCAGUUUUUACUAUUUUGAGCUUCCCUGCACCGCAGAAUCCCCGGUGGGAUAUUAUGCAUUCCCAAACUGCAAACUCUCGUUCAUUUCAAUUCAAAAUCUAGUUUGUUUAAAAAAAAAAAAAUGAAAAAAUCCCACUCUGAGCUACAAUGUUCAAUACUCACAUGGUGGGAGAUUGGUCAGUGGCUAUACAUUUCUCUCUUGUUGGCUUCGCUAGUGAUUUAGAAGGGUUGGUGGGGUUUGUUUGUUUUUGGUGUAAAAAAGAAAAUUCCCCGUCUGUUUCUCAUUAAUGCUGGAACCGCUCUCCCCCGGGAUCCCUUUAACCAGUGCAAUAAAAGCCCUUUUCUCAGCAAACCUUUUCCUUUCUGUGCUCCACCUCCGCCUCCCCUCAAAACAAACUCUGGGUGUUGAGAAGAUGGUAGGAUUUAAAAACAAAAAAAAUUCCCACAAAACCUAGUAGCCCAAAUAACCCAAGCCUCAGAUGUGCAUAAUAAAAUGCAGAAAUGGCAGGAGAGGAGGGGAAUAAGCUGCCCUCCCCCCGACAAUAAAGGAACGUCUGUGAUUCCUGUUAGCACAUCCACCCGCAAGGUUUUCUGUCCCCGAUUGCUAUUGGAAGCCCUGCGAGAACAAACUUAAUGAGACACUGGAAACAUGGCUCUUCAGGUGGAUUUCAAAGAAGCACGUCAAGUGUCUUAUUAGCUGGGAACUGAAAUCCCUGAAGACCUUGCUUCGAGAGGCACUCAUGAAAACAGGGCUUCAAGCAGGAGCAAUCCAGCGGCAGCUCAUCCACUCAGAUGCUGGCUUCAGAACAAGCCCCAACCCGAACCUGCUUUGCUAUUUCUGACUCAGGGUUUAAACCUCUCACCUUUUCCUGCUGAUCUCUCACCAGCUGCAUUGCCAGCCUGGAAGAAUAACAAGCAAACUCUGUUGUCUUACGAUGGGCUGGGCCGGGCCCCUGCCUUGUAGCAAUGUGAUCUGGCAUGUGGAUUGUCUUAUAGGAAGCCGGAAUACUAUCUGCUGGGCCCCAGACAACUGCUCUGGCUUUAGGCUCCUCUUUGAAAACACCCUGCUCUCAAUGUUAGAGAGUUCCAUGAAAUGUACCAUGAAAGCUAUCCUACAGAGCCAGCACUAAACUAGUAUAAAAUCUUCACUACUUACCUCUGGCUUCAAAUGAGGGACACUAACGAAGAUUAAAUUAAACAUGUACUAAUGGCCUCCAGGCAGUGGAGAUGGAGAUGCACUGGGGCUGUAGAGAGGGGGACAAUUCCCGUUGCCUUCUUACUGAACGCUAACAAAACAGCCUUUUUGGCUGACAUGUAUUUUGUAACAAUGGCAAAAAUAGUAUUAAAAAAAGCAGGUGGGGUGGGGGAUGGGCAGAGCAGACAGUUUAGGUAAAUGACCACUCCCCACCCCCACCCCCCCAGCUAACAGCAUACUAGGGCAAGAAUGUAAGAUUUGCAAUAGUAUUUACGAUAAAGCACAUGGUUCGUUUUUUGUCCCAGGUUACCCUUAGACUCUGUAUAAUGAACAAGCGGCCUUUGACUUUGUGCACUAUGGUCUUGUUAAGGUUCUGUGUAUAUUUCGUAAUACUGAGCUAAAAAAGGUGCCUUAUAACAUUUACUGUUCCUUGCAGUAGAUGGAUGUAUCGCAGCACAGUGGGGACGGGACAGAGGGGGUGUUUGGCUUCUUUGCAGGGACCAGUGAAAUGCAAGGCUGUGACCAUACGGAAGACAGGGCUUUUGGCUGGGCUUUCUUUUAGGGAGGAUGUACAGUGUUAGUGGGGCAAAUGGAUGCAAAUAGGAUCUUGGAAAGAAAUCUCUGCAAGUGUUUGGCUGUAAAGCCUGGGACUGACACCAGGUUGGAGAGGGUUAGUAAGGAGUUUAGAGCUUUUUCUUCCCUACAGGAGUCUCACCUUGGCCUCUUACCUUGCGUGUUCCAAAAGAAAAUCUGAUGGCAGGGGGAGGGCUGCUUGCUGUUGGCCACAACAAACAGUUGCUGCUCUAAGAAGUCAGUAACAAAAGAAUCUUACACUCAUGAUAUGCAAAUGGCUUUCAAUCCCUGCACUUCUAACUAAGCCAGAGACAGUAUGUGAGUCUGCUAGGGGUAAAACCUCCCAGUUACAUUGCAAGGUAGGUGUUAAAAUACAGCGUGGCAAACAAGGAAGUCAUUCUCGAAAAGCCUGUAAAUACUAUGUUACUUGCAUAAGACAGAACCAACUAGUUGAGGGGAAAAUAGCAUGGUUGUGUUUUCUUUUUAAUGCUGAUCAAAAUAAAUCAGGUAUGCAAACAUGUACCAAUAAGAUUUUAAAAUUAUCGCUGCAUAGUCCAUGGAAACGGCUCAUGGUUAAAGCACUUAUCGCUAUUUCUGACAUCUAGUAGCUCUGUAAUAAUAAUUAUUCAGUUUCUGUACGUUUAACUUGAAAAACCAAUACAAGUAUAAAGUUGUUAUCUGCAUUGUGAAGACAAUGUAUACUGUAAUGUCAAUAAUAAACUUUGUUUUGCCAUGUACAGCUUAAAA